AUGGGUUCGAUGCACGCCAACACUGCACCAUCUGCGGAGGCUAAGCCAGAGCUAAAGGUAGACGAUGAACACGACAUCAAGCCACUAAAGACGGACACGCCUAGCCAACAUGCGAGACAUACCCAGGCAGAGUUGAAUGAAGAUAUCAAAGACGAGAUCAAGCCUUCCCAGCGGCCAGACCCUUGGGCAAAUAUCACUCCACCUGAGGCUAUGCCAAAGGAAGAAGCUUCACCGCACCACCUACACAAGUCAGAAUCAAUGGGCCCGCCCUCCUCGACAUCUUCCAGACGUGGCCUUAAACAGCCAUGUUCUGAGGCUCCUCUCUCCUCCCUCUCCUCCCUACCAUCUGGCCACGGGAUGAAUGAGACACCAGACCGACCUAUCGAACGUGCGCACAAAAGUUUGCGACUGAACCCGCGCGACGUGGAUGUGACCAUGGACGAUGAACAACAAAGGCCUCAAUCCCCACCAAGGUCACCUACUUCUCAAUCCGUCGCACCCUCGGCGAGUGCGGCAACCAAAACGGGCACGCGCUCGGGUAGGGGCCGUACCAGCGCUGCGAAGCAUGCACGAACGGGUGUAAAAGCAGAGAUUCUUGAGGAUGAUGAUGCCCUCCUACUUCACGCUUCGCCUCCCCCGGAUAUCAAGGUGCCGCGUGCUUCAGAGCUGCCAGAUGUCAAGCCUAAACUCGAAGAGCUUGCACAAGUUACAUUAGCCGAUCGACUAGCGAAAGUCCGUGCUAAGCAGUUCAACAUCGAUCUCAAGGCGGAAGAUUUGGAGCAGACAGUUCAUCGGUGUUGGAUCUCUCAUUACUAUGGUGGCGGCAACGUCGGGACGUAUCUGGAGCCGUCUUUCGUUAAUUGGGAGAAGCACAAACUUAACGACUGGUUGUUCAUCCCUGUCGAGACCCAUCCCUCAGCUCCCAGGUUCCCGGGAAUGCCGGGAAUUUGGUUCGACCUGGGGCAUUGGACGCCUGCGGAUGGCGCUUUCGUGGAAGAGGACGAGUGGCUGAAUGAGGACGGAGAACGUAUGAGCAAUGAUGAAAUCAAGGCGAAAGAAAUAGAGAAUGGGGAUGUCCCCAAGAACCGGAGCGGUAUAUGGCGCUUGUGUAUAGGGCUGGGCGGCUGGCACACAUGGUAUCUUGGACAUUACCAGAGGAUCCGCGUGGAAGACCUCACCAAAGACGAGUGGCGCGCUCAGACGCCGAAGUUCCGCCGUGCCUGGGCCAGCUAUUUUUCUAAGUUUGAAUGGGGCGAGCACAUCCGAUAUCGUGUCAAGUAUCGCCGGGAACAUGGCGGCCAAGAACCGACGCGACAGGAGUUCAAGGCCGCGACGAAGCCCAAGGGCAAGGAUAAGUGGAAGGGCGAAGUCACUGCGGAUGAAAUCGAGGCGGACUUCAAUAAAGGGAAGGAGCGUCUUGGGGUCUAUGUGCUGAACUGUGUAUCGUUCGAUAAAGACUUCCAGAAAAGCAUCGUGGAGAAGAAUGCCGUUUGGGAACCGAAGUGGCAGCGCGAUUAUGCAGAAAGGAAGGAGAUGAGGGCGGCGAAGAAGGCGGAAGAAGAGCGCGCGAAAGCGGCUGGAGAAAUAGACUCGGAAGACGAGAAGAAGCCCAGAUUUAAAGGGAAAACUAGAUCCAAGCCCAAGGACGCGAAAGCCGCUACCAAGAAGGCUUCUGCGGCCCCGAAGGCAAAGCCGUCUGCGAAUAAGUCGUUGAGCUUCGGGAAGGGAAAGAGGAAACGUCGCGAAGACGACGACGACGGGUUUGAGGAUGCAGUCUACCGCCCUAACAAAAGCAGGUCGCGUCGGGAGAAGAUUGACAUCAGCCACCUCUUAUAA